AUGGCUUUGUAUCCUCAUAAGCUACUUCCACUAGAUCUGGCAAGCAUGGAGCCUUGCGACAGAUACGUGGAGGUGAUUCUGUCUCCUACAGAGAGCGACAUUGAGCGAAAUUUGGCUUCGACAAUGUCCUCUGAGUAUACAUUUCUAGAAAAACAGUCUGGUAGCACUGUUGAAGCAGAACACGACAUAGCUUCCAUAGAAGAUGUAAUAGUAGAGGGCGUGACCAAAGAAGCAGUUCUCGAGGCAACCGGCGACGAUGUAAAACAACUCGAAACUGCAGAACAACCGAAACCAAAGAGCACCAAACCGCCUAGAGCCACUGAGAAGCGUAAGAAACAAACAAAAAAGGAGUCUUCCAAGACACGACAAUUUACAGAACUCCCGCCAACUGACGCUUUUAAACACGACGCUGCAGAAAAACGUCGACAACAUUCAGACAAAAGUCCCAGGACAAGCCCUAAACAGCAACACCAGCUUCUUGACACACCACUGCAGCAAGAAAAUAUGCGUACGCCGUCUGGUCCCUCGACGUCCCAUCAGAAGUCGGGAGGAACUAAAAUACAAUCAACCAAGAGGUCUGACAGCUCAGGUUUACCUACAGAUGUAGACAUUGCAGAACUAAUCCUAGUG